AUGACCCCUUAUGGUAAGAUAGGUAUAUGCAAGGGAUCAAAUGAUACCCCUUAUGGUAAAAUAGGUACAUGUAAAAUGUCGGUACGUUUAGUGUUAAUGGUAAUGUGCAUUAAUUAUUUCGCAAAAGUGUACAGAGAAAUUUAUCGGAACCCAUUCGUACGAUUUGUCUUGAUUCAAUCUUAUUUUCUACAUCUCCUAAUCUCUCUUGGAUCGAACAAUCUCUACCUUCGUGAAAUGUAUAUCGAUAUAUCGACCAUUAUACGAUUUUUCCUUUGGUACUUGCGAAACAAUCAAGGAUAAAAGAAGCAUACUCAAAUCCGUACUAAACGUGUUUUACGUGUUACCUUUCUUGGAGAUUGUCGGAUAAUCGUGCAUCAGUGAUUUCCUUGUACGGUGCGAUCGACGCCACACGGGACGUUAUUAUGCUGUAAGCUAUAAAAGUGGUCACGAACACAUGCACCCAACAAAGUUCAAUUCGAGCUUACGUUAUUAUUAAUAACAAAAUUAAAAAUAAAAGUUGUCCAAUUCUUUUGUUCUUUCUCCCUGUCAGUUUUCUAAAUUCUUAUUAUUACUGUGAAGGGAAAGAUUAUUUAUAGAACUGCUUGAUACACCUUGAAAUGUUAUGGUACUUUGUAGAUUUUUGUUUGUCUGCAAUUCGUUGAAAACUAAAUCAGAAUGCUGACAAAAAUAAAAAAAAAAGAGAUAUAUACGAAAAAGAUUGGACAAGAGUAGCACGCAUUGAGAAGAUUAAUCUUUCAUCUAAAUAUUUGAAGAUAUAUAUAGAGCGGUCACCGUAAAAUAGACACGAGAAAUUCUACGAUGGAAGAUAAGCGGUUUACCUAAUCUUUUCUAUUCUUUUCGGCUUUUAUUUCUUGAACAAGUAGCUUUUUUUUGAUCGGAAUUCAUAAUCAUUUAGUCGUUGUUAAAAAAAUAGGAUAACGAUCUUCUUGCGACGAUAUACACUAAAACUUUUGUAUUAUUUGAAUAUUAUUUAUUUCAUUAUAUGAUUUUAUUAUAAUAUAUUGAUAUUAUAAUAAAAGAUUAUACUGCAUUUUAUUUUACAACGUUUAACCUUAAAUAAUCUUACAUUGUAUACACAUUUUCGCAUAUCAUUUUGAUUAAUCUAUAAUUAACUCUGAAAGCUUAAGGUUAUAUAUUUGUAUAAUAUAUGCAAAUAUAUGUAUUUUUACUUUUUUUUCCUUUCUUUACCUAUAUUUACAACAAGUAUGUUAAUAUAUGUCAAUCUGCUACGAGAAAGUAGUAAAACAAACCAAAAACAGAUACAUAAUCAUUUUCAAGAAAAUUUUGCGUUAUUGACCAUAAUUAUUUUCAUAUCACUGUAGGUAUUACAAUACUCUCUCAAUAUCUUUCCUUCUAUAAAUUUAAUCAUUCGUCGGAAAUAUUCAUGUAUCAUAAUAAUUCUAAUAAUAAUGUCAUUUUUCAGCAUUAGGACUUACAUGCUAUUGUGAAGGACAUUGCCCAGAUGAUAAAGAAAAUGGAACUUGUGAAGGUAGACCUGGUGGUCAUUGCUUUAGUGCAGUAGAAGAAGUUUGGGAUGCAGAAUCAGGAGAAUAUGUGCCUGAAUGGUCAUUUGGCUGUUUACCACCAGAUGAGCAAGGUUUCAUGCAAUGCAAAGGAUACCUAGUGCCACAUUUUCAAGGGAAAAGUAUAAUAUGCUGUAACAAGAGUGCAUUGUGUAACAAAGAUGUAUAUCCUCAUUAUAAACCCCGAACUACCACAGUACCUAAUCCUAUGGCCAUAGCUUCGGGUGCACCACUUAUAAUAUUGACUACCAUUUUGUCUAUAUUCUUAGUGGUAAUUUCAAUAGCUAUAGUGAUCAUAUAUCACAGAUACAGAAGAAAAGAAAGAGGCCCUUGCCUAGUGCCUUCUCAGGGAACACUUAAAGACUUUAUUGACCAGAGUAGUGGCUCUGGUUCAGGAUUACCUCUUUUAGUACAACGAACUAUUGCCAAGCAACUAGCCUUGUCUCAGUGUGUUGGGAAGGGACGUUAUGGUGAAGUAUGGCUUGCAAGAUGGAGAGGUGAAAAAGUGGCAGUGAAAGUAUUUUUUACAUUGGAAGAAGCAUCUUGGUUUAGGGAAACUGAGAUUUAUCAAACUGUGUUAAUGAGACACGAUAAUAUUUUGGGUUUUAUCGCGGCUGAUAUCAAAGGUACUGGAUCUUGGACACAGAUGUUAUUAAUUACAGAUUAUCAUGAAAGAGGUUCGCUACAUGAUUAUUUGCAAACUACUGUCCUGGAUCAUCAUAGCCUUUUAGCAAUAUGUCUUUCAAUUGCUUCUGGAAUUGCUCAUUUGCACACAGAGAUUUUUGGUACACGUGGAAAGCCUGCUAUAGCUCAUAGAGAUAUCAAAAGUAGAAACAUUUUAGUGAAAAAGAAUGGUGAAUGUGCUAUUGCUGACUUUGGUUUGGCAGUAAGAUAUAUAAGUGAAAGUGGAGAAAUUGAUAUUGCACCUAACACACGAGUGGGUACCCGUCGAUAUAUGGCUCCAGAAGUUUUAGAUGAAACUUUAAACACAUCUUCCUUUGAAGCUUUCAAAAUGGCAGAUAUGUAUUCUGUUGGUCUUGUACUUUGGGAAGCUUGCAGAAGAUGCGUUACAGGUGGUAAAAGUUCUAUGGUGGAACCGUAUGCUUUGCCAUAUCAUGAUGUUGUUCCAAGUGAUCCAGAUUUUGAAGACAUGCGAUUAGCAGUUUGCAUAAAACGAUUACGUCCAAUAAUACCAGCGCGAUGGGAAACUGAUUCGAUUUUGUUUGCGCUGAGCAAGUUGGUAACCGAAUGUUGGCAUGCGAAUCCAGCCGUUCGUUUAACAGCGCUACGUGUGAAAAAGACAAUAUCAAAACUACAUAUUGAUAAUGCUAUUAAAAUCGUGUAA